CAGAUAAAGAUGGCGACUGUUUGUAAACAUCUGAUAGCUGUGUUAGUCCUGUUGGGUGUAUGUGUGGGCGGGGCACGCUACACCCCGGACUGGGACUCCCUGGACACUCGACCCCUCCCCCUCUGGUAUGAUGGUACCAAGGUGGGAGUGUUUAUCCACUGGGGCGUGUUCUCCGUGCCAGCGUUUCGGUCUGAAUGGUUUUGGUGGGACUGGCAGGGCGCUAAGUAUAACGACUGUAUCGAGUUUAUGAAGGCAAACUACCCACCCGGCUUCACCUACCCAGACUUCGGGCCCAAGUUCACUGCAUCACGGUUCGACGCAAACAAAUGGGCGGAAGUCCUGGACAAGUCGGGGGCAGGGUAUGUUGUGCUGACGAGUAAACACCAUGAGGGAUACACCAUGUGGCCAUCCGCACAUUCCUGGAACUGGAACGCCAUGGACGUCGGGCCGCAUCGGGACCUUGUCGGUGAGCUAGCCAAUGCUGUCCGAAACAAGACCGCCAUGUUUUUCGGGUUGUAUCAUUCCCUGUUUGAGUGGUUCAACCCCCUGUAUCUGGGAGAUAAGGCAAACAAGUUCCACACCCAGAACUUUGUCAGGGAGAAGACUCUCCCCGAGCUGUACGAGAUUGUGAACAGGUACAAACCCGAUAUCAUCUGGUCGGACGGAGACUGGGAGGCCCCCGACUCCUACUGGAACUCCACACAAUUCCUAGCCUGGCUCUAUAACGACAGCCCUGUGAAGGACACUGUGCUGACCAAUGACCGAUGGGGAAGUGGAGACAUGUGUAAACACGGGGGCUAUUUCACCUGUUCUGACCGGUACAAUCCAGGCGUUCUCCAGAAGCAUAAAUGGGAAAACGCUAUGACACUGGACCAGAAGUCGUGGGGAUACAGGAGAGAUACGGAUCUAUCUGACGUGCUUACUAUACAGGAACUCAUUGCUACACUGGCGGAGACCGUUAGUUGCGGUGGUAACCUGUUAGUUAACAUUGGGCCAACGUCUGAUGGGACUAUUCCCCCGGUGUUUGAGGAGCGACUCCUACAGAUGGGACAAUGGCUUGGAGUCAAUGCUGAUGCUAUAUACGACAGUAAACCCUGGCACUACCAGAAUGAUACCCACACCCCGGGGGUUUGGUAUACUGCUAAGAAGAUCAGUAUGGUAACCAUUGUUUACGCCUUCACUCAGAAGCUUCCGGAGUCAGGAUACCUGUAUCUCGGAGCCCCAAUCCCCGGGGACCCUUCCUUCUGUCAGGUUACCCUCCAGGGAACAGUGUACACCUUCCCAUGGACCACUGGGCCCCAGGGUGGUAUGAACAUCACAGUGUCUAACGUCACAAACGCCACGCCCUACUCCUGGGGCUGGGUCUUCUCUCUGUACGGACUGAAAAACCAGUAAUGGUACAAUAUUUACACUGCGCUGAAAAGUAUCAACGUUCUAUUUUCUGAUAUCUAUCUACGCUGAUAUUAUUUACUGCGUCGUAAAUCAUGGAUAUAACGCUCGUCUGUCUGUCGUCAGCGUGCUGUCCGUCUCACCGUUCGACAUGGCUUCCGGGAAAAUAUUUAAAGCAAAGAGACAAAAAGAAAAGUAGCCUUGUCUAACUCAAUAAGGUAUCAAGUACUGUGCAGAAAAAAAACACCUGUAAUUUGUUAUUCCUCUCUAUGAUAAUGUCUGAUGUGCACAUGCUAAACUGCUAGCUGUUUAAUGACGAUACCUUAUUGCAAUCAAUAUCUGCCCUGCACGUGCCAUAUCUGCCUGUAUGUAGCAUAUUCAUUCUACCUCCAGUUUAACACAUUCCCAAAGAAGCUGCUCCAACAUUCUCAAAAGUUUGAGCUAUUGUUAAUGAGUUGACGUUACUUAUACAUGUAAGUAUUGACAUUGUGUGGUGUAUGAUAAAAAGGUUAUACUAUGGAUGUUUCCAUAAUCUACCUCGUGUCAAACAGAUACCUCAACAUUCGUCAUUGUGUAUUAAUUCAAUUGUUUUCAUGGCAUUUUGACAAUCAUUCAGGAUAUUUUUAUUAAGUGUUGUAUUCAGUCAGCAGUAUUUUCUUUUCUGCGCAAUGUUUGUCUUUUUUCGCUGCAUAACAGGUUUUCUUUAGGGUCAACGAUGUCAAUGUGGUUUUCCUUUGUUGGAGAUUCUGACGACUAUCUCUUAUUUAUAAUCGACAGCAAGUCAACAUUUUACACAUAAAGGUAAUACAGAACUACUCGAAAACAGACGUAAACGACAGGUAUACAGGAUAGGCAUGACAUCAGACAGAAUCAAGAAACAAAACACAUAUUAAAAAAAGGAACAUUUCUGACUGUUACAAUUAGCGUAUCAUGCAAUGUACCAAAUUUUGGUUUCCCCACUGUUCCCGGAACAGGCGAUACAAAAGAAAUACCUGAUUAUACAUGGACCCCACGAGACCUGAGCUGAACAGAACAACACAAUCUGUCAGAGGCAUUAUAUCAUGUUUUUUUUGCGUUUAGAUCAACGCCUGACAAAUCUGACGACACCUCAUAUUGUGAAUAUACUAGAGAACGGAUUUUUUCGAAAUAGAAAAUGAGUGUAAAUAUUAAGUGUAUGGUAUAUCAUCUUACUAGUAUUGUUAAAUUAACAGACCAUCUACAAUGCGCUUUUAUCGCUGCUUGGGUCACUUGGCGACGGUAGUUUGUGUAGAUGUUGUUUCGGCAAGGCGAGUGAUUUAAACUCAUCUAUUUCGUAACAUUUUCUGAACUUCAUUUGAAAACAUCAACAUUCAAAAGUAAGGGGGUACUCCUUAUCAUAUAUGUGUUGGUGGGUUGACUUUUUGUAUAUUUAAACAAUUCUCCGUUGAUAUUAAAACUAUUUCUUCUUUC